AGACUUAUAAAAGUAAUAUUUUAACUUUUUUAAAACUGAACGCGAAUGCUGACACAUUUUAUUUUGCCAAAAUUGAGCAACGUUUGGUGUAAGCACAGAAAACGUAAUGUCCGAUGCCAGAACCAGAGGUUCGAUUCGAAGCAUUUUUAAAUGGUGGAAGAAGAAACACAAAGUAGGGACGCCAAUGAAAGGUUGUGAGAACGUCGCCCAUACUAUUGAGGAACCGACUGGAAAUAUUGUGGAUUAUUUUCCUGUAAUACAUAACCCUGAUAAAAGUUUUGAAAAUUCGGAGCGAAAUGACGUCACAAACGAGAUUAUUAGGCAGUAUACAAACCACUGUGACGUAUUGGGUGAUGACGCAAAAAGUCCAGAAAAUGCCCCACCGCGAAAAGAAGGUUUAAAACGAAGCGAACGAUUUUCCGAUUACUCGACCUUGCAAUUGGGGUCUCGUUACAUGAAAAAAGCGGACAGGGCGUCUUCUUGUACAGAUUUAAACUCGGGCGACCCAAAGAGUCGUAAGUAUUUCUCUCUCAAGAGGUUUACGUCGCCAUUUGGAAGUUUGUCUCGCUUAGGGAAGCAGGAAAGAGCAUCCAAAGAGAGUAUUGUGACGUCACAGGAGCAAAUCCAGCGUCGUCGGCGGAAGUGGUGGAAAAAACGAGGACACAAGUCUCAUAAACUUGGUUCGUCGUUACCCAACUUAUACGGCAGUCCGUUAUCAGUAGUUCGUAGUACCGAGGCCCUGACGCAUUGGAAAGUAGAUAAAGAUAUGCCCAGCAAAGGCGGCAGGGUGGACAGUAAAGGUAAAACGCAGGCUUUGAAAGUUGGUAUGGAUUGUACUUGUUCUGGGCAAUACAAAGAUAUUGUUUUGUCAAACCAAGGUGAAGAUAUUAUACCUUCAAUGGUAUUUGCCGGUUGUUCUGUCUCUUGUGAUUCAUACGACGCGUCCUGUUAUGAGGUAACUGAGACAGAGUCGGGUUUCUCAGCACCUGCCACUGAUGAUCAAGUUACAAGGUUUGAUUCAUACCAGUCGCAAGAUGGCGUCGGAGAGCUAAGAUGCGCACUUGUGUCUGAUAACGCAAUAUUAUACUCCAUCGAUGCUGCCUCUUACAUCCAUCAUAAGUAUGGGGAAUCAAGCACAAACUCACGACAACCGAACUUGGUUGAGGUAGAUUGCUCGAGCGCUGAAAGCUCUGUGACGUCACAGAUGGAAUCCGUAAAGGACAACGGUUAUUGUGGUAACUUUGACAAAGCAGACAACCCUCAAGACAUUGUACCUUCGCGUGAUCCACAGAUUCUACCUCUACGUAACAAUUACACGUUGUCAAAUCUUUCCGACACUGACGUCAGCAUUCUGACGUCACUGAACGGUUCAACAGGAAGUGACGUCAGCACAAAGUCGUGCAACGAUAUCGAACCUGGUCACGUGUCCAUCACAAACGAGCCUACGUCAUUCUCGAGCGAUCUAACUCACGUGACGUCACGAGCCUCCACUUCGAGUACGUCAUCAUCUGAUUCAGAUUCAGUGUUCAAUUCUCCCGCGUCAGCAAGACGGGUGGUAGUGGAUGCACCUGAACACGACAAGCGGAAUUUGGAAAAGCAAAUCUCAUUUGGUGACUUGGAAAACGAUUUUAACUUAUUUGUAGCAAAGAUAAACAACAGAAGUAAAAGACAAAACGCGACAAAUUGUUCCUUCCAAGCAGUUUAGUUACAACACCAUUUCUUUAAUAUUACAUAGUUUCGUUACUAAUAAUGCCAAGAUAAUCCCCUGGUCUUUAUUUCUUUAAUUAUUUUGAUGGAGUUUUGACGGUCCAUAAACUGCUCACGUGCUUUCAAAUCAUAUUUUAAUCUGGAUUAAGAACCUAUAUCCCGAUUCCUAACCACAGUGUUCCCGAAUGGUUUUAUGUUCAGAAACAAGUCUGUAAUAAAUGUUGCUGUGUUGCUGCGCGGGCAGCACUUGUUA